AUGCCACGACGCUACCAUCGAAAGGCCCAGCAGACAUCGUCGUUCUCCGCCCCCUCGGCGCCAUCCGCGCAGACCUUGCGAUGCCUCGCGUUGCCAGAAGAUGGGACGGAAUGCCGGGGUAUGAGACAAAAGCCCGAGCAUCAAUAUUGCCGAUACCAUCAUCAGGAAUACAAAAGCCUUUACUGCACUUACAAACGGCUGGAAAAGGAGUAUAAUGGCUUUGGGUCGGUCGGCCCAGAGGGCUGGGCGGAGAAGGCCGCACGCGGGAGACAGGUCAUUUCGCUGAGGGACCAGGUCAAUAAGCGGUUCUACAGUGUAAAGGCUGGCAAUGGAGGUCACGUCCGAUGGAUUCUGAAGCUGCAGAAGGAGGUCGAGAUUUUGGAGAGGCUUACGAUUGGAGCGGAUGAGACCCGGGAUGGAGGUGGACCACAGAGCGAGCCAGAAAGCGGCCCAGUGGACAGUGAAGCCCAUCGUGGAGAAUACGUCUAUCGCUCCCUACUCUCACCGGAUGUGCCGAUGUCUGAUCUGGAUCAUCUGCCGGAUGAUAGCCCUGUAAAGGUUAUGAAGAGGACCCUUGCUCAGCUCACCGAUACCCUGGUGGAACAGCUGUAUAGAAUCGUCCCUUCGCUCGAUGACUCGUCUCCAGUAAUAAAAGAUGACGAGGGAAGAGAAUCACGGAUUCCUGACAUCGGUGAUAAAGCGAUACGAUUCAUCUUGCGUGAAUUUAUCCUCUGGAAAGCUGACACGGAAGUCCUUGCUCUAGCCUCCAACACUGACAGCAUUGAUAAGUUUCUGCGAAGAGUGCGCCUGGAGGAUACCCGGGAAUAUAUCAAAUUCUUCGAGAACCUACGCCGCGAGGACACCCUGCACUUUCUACGCGGUGCUGUGUGCCAUUGUGUACUCCCCCCGGAUUCGUCGGCAGUCACUAUCCUGGGGGAGCCCAUUUCCACUGACAAUGAGACGAGAAGAAUGACCGUCGAAGCUUGGGACAUACUGUACACGUAUUUUCGUGACUUUAUAGAGGGCACAACCGUUGAAUUCUUUUGCUUCAGGUUCGAAGAUGUCGUUCUCAUCAAGAGACUCAUAGCACUGGGGAGGUACCCGGAUUGGCAGGGAGACGCAUGCGAAGGACAACGCUUGUCCGCUUUUCUUGGGUUUAUAUCGGUCACCAAGGGCUUCCAAGAUCCUAUUAUCACUCUCACUGAGAACGAGGGCCUUAUCACUGCAACUGAAAAUCGGUGCUAUCUCGUCGGGAGACUGAGCAAGCAUGACCCCAUGACAGCGAUGUUCGUCCAGGAUCUCCUCCGACGAGUUGGUCAUUAUAUUGUGGUGGUCUACGAGAUCGUUGGAGAUACACUGCAAUCUCCAAAGAUCACUCACCAAACAGACGUGGGGGACGACAAUCUUUGGAUAAAACGCAGCCGCUCAGCGGGCACACAUGAUGGGCUGGAUGAGGCUGCCUGGAGUAUCCAGUGGGCAUUAGGAGACAUUCGCAAUGACAUACGAUUCAUCCGAUCCUACCGGGAACGCAAUAUGCUGAAGCACUAUGUCGAGAUCUUGAUCAUAGACAGACAACCAGGGCACGUAUUCAGCCUAUACAGCGUGGCCAACGAUGUCCUAAUGAUGCUUUCUGGUGAUCCGAGCGCAGCAGAGAUCUGGAGAAGCGCCAUCCACAAGUCAAUGCCCGAAGACGAACAAGCAAAGUGGAUAGAUGGCUACUCGUGGGAAAGCGCAUCCAUAGAGGACACACACGUUAGCGAUCUUCACUAUGAAGGGGCCCGCAUCCGAGCAUGGGACGUGCAGCAAAAGCAGCCAGGCCUAAUUCGCGGUUCGCUAGCUAUAAAACCCUCACGCCGAGACCGUAGGUUGAUAUGCAAGAUCCUCCGCCAGAUGGAGGCCAGUGGAGUAAUCAGCCAACUGCAAGAGUAUCACAAAGUCUGGAGUAGGCCGACUAUUCUAUAUGGCACAGACGGCCUAGAAGACCUAUACUUCCACUACGACCUCGGUCCUCCCGACGAAGAUGCACUUGCACGGGGACCACUGGGCCUUUCUUCUACACCUGCACCAGGUUCGUUAGGACGCUUCGCUCACGCGUUCAAGGCAGCGCACCCAGACGCGGCUUUUGCCAAAGGGAGGAUAAACGUUCACUACUGUGCAUGGCCAAUGCCUGCUGUAAGCGCGCUCGGCCUUCUUACCUUCUGCACCAGUGAAGGGUACCUCUACCGCUGGAAUGCCCACCCCUUUGACUUCCCACUGUCCCAGCGCUCGUGGCAGGGUUAUGUUAACAAUGAGAUAAAUAGGAGAUUCCCGUUUGCGCGGUGCGUGGGGACAACCUUGGUUAUGGCUGCUGCUAGUUUGGGAGAGGCAACGAAGAACCUUACCGUGUUGACUGAGGCGACGGAGCAGAAGGGGUGGAAAUUAACUGUUCCGCAUCAGUCCAGAUGGACGGGGGAUAUUGACAGUUUGGCAUUGUCGACAUUAUGGGCUGGGGUAUCUCCUGCCCUAUAG